AAGCGCCCGUCCCGUUCCACUGCCCUCUCGAGCGCACCGGAGCCGGCGGGGAGGGGGGAGUUAGACUUACGUCAUCAGCUCUCGCGCCUUUCUCCUCCUCCUCCAAAAGCGAGGUGUUGGCGCGAAGCGCGCGCAGUUGACUUGUAGGGUCCGUGGUUACCGGCUGUAGCCUCCCGGAGCGCGAGAGGCGAGAGGAACGCAGAACCGCGCUUCAGUCCACACGAGCCCUCCUGUACACUGCUUUACUAACAUCAACGCGCGCGCAUCUGUCUCAACGAGCCUCCCGAACCGUCCGAACCGAGCGCGCGCUCCAGCAGCACAGGGCAGAUAGCAGGUAGAUGAUGACCGGCACGCGACCGUUCUCCGCGCUCACGCGGGCGGCAUGGGAGCGUCGUUCACGAGCGGGUGUGCAGGAAGACUUUCCACGCGACUUCUCCUCUGAAACCAGUCCAGCAGAUUGAAUGAGAGCGGGUCCGGCGGUGGGAGAGCGCGAGCGGGUGUAGCGCGUGGCGCGGAGAGAGAGGCUGCGCUAAACUGAGCUGAGAGCGCGGAGAUGUCGGUGCCGCUGCUGAAGAUCGGGGUGGUGCUCAGCACUAUGGCCAUGAUCACCAACUGGAUGUCCCAGACGCUGCCCGCGCUCGUGGGGCUCAACAGCACGAGGCUGAGCGCUGCGCAGGGCGGACACCUGGACCGGAGCACCGGAGUGUUGCCUGCUAACCCAGAAGAGUCAUGGCAGGUGUACAGCUCGGCGCAGGACAGCGAGGGCAGGUGUGUGUGUACAGUGGUUGCUCCGCAACAGACCAUGUGCUCCAGGGACGCUCGCACCAAGCAGCUCCGGCAGCUUCUGGAGAAGGUGCAGAACAUGACCCAGUCAAUCCAGGUCCUGGACCAGCGGACGCAAAGGGACCUUCAAUACGUGGUGAAGAUGGAAGACCAGCUUAGAGGCCUGGAGACCAAAUUCAGACAAGUGGAGGAAAACCACAAACAAAACCUUGCCAAACAAUACAAGGCCAUAAAGGCGAAGAUGGCGGAGCUGCAGCCCCUGAUCCCUGUGCUGGAGGAGUACAAGGCGGACGCUCGGUUGGUGCUGCAGUUCAAACAGGAGGUGCAGAACCUGACGACCAGCCUGGGUCUUCUGCAGCAGGAGAUGGGAGCCUACGACUACGAUGAGCUUCACUCUCGAGUCUCCAGUCUGGAGGAGAGACUCCGAGCAUGCAUGCAGAAACUCGCAUGUGGUAAGCUGACGGGCAUCAGUGAGCCCAUCACCAUCAAAACAUCUGGAUCACGCUUCGGAUCCUGGAUGACAGACCCACUGGCUCCAGAGGGAGAUACCAGAGUGUGGUACAUGGACGGAUACCACAACAACCGCUUCGUGCGGGAGUACCGUUCGAUGGUGGACUUCAUGAUGUCGGAUAACUUCACUUCCCACCGCCUGCCGCACCCAUGGUCCGGAACAGGCCAGGUGGUCUACAACGGCUCCAUCUACUUCAACAAGUUCCAGAGCCACGUCAUCAUCAAGUUCGACUUCAAGACCUCCACCAUCAGCAAGACCCAGAGGCUGGACAGCGCCGGGUUCAGCAAUGCGUACCACUACGCCUGGGGGGGCCACUCCGACAUCGACCUAAUGGUCGACGAGGGUGGUCUCUGGGCGGUCUACGCCACCAAUCAGAACGCGGGCAACAUCGUCAUCAGCAAGCUCAACCCGAUCAACUUGCAGAUCAUCAAGAGUUGGACGACCAACCACCCGAAGCGCAGCGCCGGCGAGUCCUUCAUGAUCUGCGGGACGCUCUACGUGACCAACGGCUAUUCCGGUGGGACAAAGGUCUACUACGCCUACCAUACCAACUCUUCAACUUAUGAGUAUAUAGACAUUGCUCUGCAGAAUAAGUACUCGCACAUCUCCAUGUUGGAUUACAAUCCUCGGGAUCGUGCUCUUUAUGCCUGGAACAACGGUCAUCAGGUUCUCUACAACGUCACCCUCUUCCACCUUAUCCGCUCUGAGGAACUGUAAACCUACCGAGAAUUUCAGGAAACCUCGAAGACUAUGAAGACGUGACUUGACAAUGGCUGUGACAAACAAGAUGACCUAGAUGAAUGGGAUCCAUGGAAUUUUCUAGAGAUUCCAGAGAGUUUUAAAAAGAAAGAGAUCAUGUUUAACAUAAAGGCAAGACUUAAGGAUAACCAAUGGAUGAAUCAAAAGAUAAUACAAAUCAAAGAGAAUGCACUAAGAAGAGUUUCACAAUGAUUAUGAUCGUUCAGAGAGCCAUAAAAUAUAUGAGACAACAAAACUAAGAACCAACAAAAUGCCAAAAAAAACGUCAUGCCUUUCAUUGUUUUUAUAACAUGCCAAUUUUUCAAGGGAUGAUUCCGUCUAGACGCUGAGUCUCUGCGUCUGCCAAAUCAUCAAGGAAAGGGGCUGGACUAUGGACCUGUUGGACAUGUUGAUUACUUGAGUACAGACUUGUAUUGCCAACAUGUGUAGCCCCUCCUUGCAAUGAGCGACUUUGGACAGAAACACUAGGUGCUACGUACAAAAGAUUCCCACUUGACCUAAAAAAAAAAAAAAAUCACAGCCUAGCCUAUCCCAGACAAGCGGUAACCAAUGCCUUGUCCAACCCUUUCAAAACCGAACUCAUGGCUUGACCCUCGCAGUCUCAACCAGGUUUACAUGGGCAAUACUCGACUUGGCGAAUGUCUGUAGUGGCUGUGACUUGGGCGGUUGGAACUAUAAAGUCCGAAUAAAGUAUGCAGAGUACUAAAAUAUAUAGAAAUACAAAAUCUAAGAAUUAGCGAUAGCCUGAGGGCACUGACUGUUGAACGUUCUGCUGUUGUUCAGAGGUUUCUAUCGAGAUUUUACUUGAACCUGCCAUUAAAGAAACCCCAACAGUGUCUAUAUACAGGGGUUGUACAAUGAAACUGAAACACCUGUCAUUUUAGUGUGGGAGGUUUCAUGGCUAAAUUGGAGCAGCCUGGUGGCCAAUCUUCAUUAAUUGCACAUUGCACCAGUAAGAGCAGAGUGUGAAGGUUCAAUUAGCAGGGUAAGAGCACAGUUUUGUUCAAAAUAUUGCAAUGCACACAACAUUAUGGGUGUUAUAAGAGGUUUAAAAGAGGACAAAUUGUUGGUGCACGUCUUGCUGGUGCAUCUGUGACCAAGACAGCAAGUCUUUGUGAUGUAUCAAGAGCCACUGUAUCCAGGGUAACGUCAGCAUACCACCAAGAAGGACGAACCACAUCCAACAGGAUUAACUGUGGACGCAAGAGAAAGCUGUCUGAAAGGGAUGUUCGGGUGCUCCUCAACUCUCCUGUUUCCAGCAGAACUGUCCGUUGGGACAAUAAAUUAUUGUGGUCUAAAACCAGGUGUUUCAGUUUCAUUGUCCAACCCCUGUAUAUAUAUAAAAUAAGCAAUGUAGCACCCUGUGUCGGACCAAAGAGUGCUAUGAGGCAUUAACUGACAAAAAAAAAGACAAAAAUCCUACAAACAAACUUGCUUACAAGCUGGCUAGUGUUUCUAAGUAGACAUCCAGUGUGUGCUACUUAGCAUUAGCAUUGCUACAAGCAGUAUGACUGCUGGUAGCCAGUGUAACUGACAACCCACGCUGUAUAGCGAGCGAGGCGGUUCAGGUGGAACCUUACUGUGGUUUAUUUUUUUUCCGUGUUCGUGACUAGCUGUGAGAUGCUGUUCAUUUUGCAUGAACGGGUUUUCCACACAAAAGAUGUGCUUGUAGGAAUGUUUAUACCUGUAUGAUCCCUUAAACGGUGUGGGGGAGGGGUGGGGGGUAGCUUUUUAGAUACACUAUAUGGACCAUAUAGUAUUGGGACACCCACUCUUUAAUACUACUUUUGUUGAGGUAACUUUUGUGGAGUUUUUGCCAAUGUUUUCCAACUGAUUCCAUUGAGUAAUAAUAACAUUAAUGAGGUCAGGAGUUGGUCAACUUCCCAACUCCUCCCAGAAGCUAGAUAAAGCAACACCAUUCCUGAGAAGAAUUCCUCCAGAAUUCCAGAGUUCUUUCACUGUUUGAAAAGUGUGAUGUGCAAAAAUAUUCAGCCCCCUUACAGGAUUCAUAUACAUUUUCUUAACCAAUACAUUUCUGAUUCUGAUUUUCACAUGACUUUUCCAUGCCUUGAAGGCAAAAUUUCCUGACCAUACGUUUUUUAAAACAUCAGUGCAGACAUGGACAGUAAAACCCUGCCCCUAUAGCAAUACUAAGUAGAGCCACUGCAAUUACAGCUACAAGUCUUUUGGGGGUUUGUCUCUUCCAGUUUUGCACAUGUAGUUAUUUUUUUAGAAACUGAUUCAAAGAUUUUAGAGCUCAAGUUCAGCCAGGCUGAAUGGCGAGCGUCUGUGAACAGCAUUUUUCAUGUCUUGCCACAGAUUCUCAAUGGGAUUUAGGUCAGAACCUUGACUGAGCCAUUCUAACACAUGAAUAUACUUUGAUCUAAACCUUUCCACUGUAGCUCUGGCUGUAUGUUUAGGGUCAUUGUCUUGAUGGAAGGUCAAUCUCUGUCUCAGUCUCAAGUCUUUUGCAGCUUCAAAAAGAUUUUCUUCCAGGAUUUCCCUGUAUUUAGCUCUAUCAACUCUGUCCAGCUUUCUUUUACCUAGUGUGUCUCUAACAAACCACUGAGGCCUUCAGAGAAAAAGUGUAUUCAUACUAAGACUAAAUUACACACAGCUUCUGAAGGCAAUUGAUUAAACUGGAUUUUAUUUUAGGGGUUUCAGAGUAGGGCUUGAAUACUUUUGCACGUCAAACUUUUUUUUAGAUAUAUAUUUGAUUAAAAGCCACUGUACCAAGACUUCUCUACAAGGACUAGACAAGCUAACUUUGUGCAUUUGGACACGUUUUAAAUGCAUUUAUUAGAAGGGUAGAAGGGGUGUUCUCAAACGUUUGGACGUAUAGUGUAUUUAUAUAUGGGGGGAAAGUCUAGGUGGGGUAAAAAUGUUGAUUUCUCUUUUUCUGAUUUGUUCUCAGUGAUUGUUAAGGGAAAUUUCACUGCUAUGCUUCAUAUGUAUAUGUCCAUUAUUAGUGCAGAACAUCCGACAGUUUCCAUUAAUGUAAAUUGAUUUCAUAGAAUCUUCAGUGUUCCGGAAUACACUGGCAUUAGCCUACAAAGAAUGAAGACUUAUAGAGGGUAUGCAUUGAUGUCUUGUUUUUAUUGGAUGUUUUACGCCCCUUUAGUCGGACUGAGUGGCAAAAAAUUCUACGAUAUGGUUGUGAUUCUUUGGGGAAACUGCAAAAAAGCAUUCAAAUUAAAGGAAAAUGGGCUCAGCGGCGAUCUAUCACCAUGACCAAAGAACCAACCCUCUAUAGAUGUUGAUAUAUGACCAUAAAUUUUGUUUCCUGUUCAUUUCAACACUAGGACAAAUACACUAAGCCAGUGGUUCUCAAUCCUAGUUACGGAGUACCAUUGAUCUGCUAGCUUGAACACUUGGUUGUCUUGGAAUUAUGUAAUUAUCGCUGUCAGUUUCAGGCAACCGAAACCAAAUUUGACAAUCGAUAUUCUUCACGCCAUGAAGUGGAGUAAUGAAGCAGUAAUUUUAGUCAAGUAAACUUUGGAGGGGUUCUUGGGGAGCAUCAAUGUUUCAACAAAAAUAUUGAUUUUUGACGCCACAUGUCAUAAAUUUAUCGCAAAUGAAAGCAAUAUAAUACAGGUGCAUCUAAAAAAAAUAAAAAUUGGAAUAUCUUUAAAAAACCAUCACUGAUUGUGGAAACUUUACUCUAGACCUCAAGCAGUUUGGACUGCGUGUCUCUCCACUCUUCCUCCAGACUCUGCUCCCUUGGUUUCCAACUGAAAUGCAAAAUUUACUGAUGAUCAGUGAUGGUUUGGAGAGACAGGUCAUCUGCUGGUGUUGGUCCACUGUGUUAAAUCAAGUCCAAAAUUAGUGCAGUGUUUUUACUGGAAAAUCUUGCAUACUUUUAUACAGAUGCGGAUUUCAUUUUCCAGCAGAACUUGGCACACUUUCCACACUGCCAAAAGUACCAAUUGCUUUCAUUUAAUAUUCCAAUUUUCUGAGACACUGAUUUUUUUUAUUAGCUGUAAGCCAUAAUCAUCAACUAUAAAAUAAUUUAAUGCUUAAAAUAGAUCACUCUGAAUAUUGCUGCCAGUCAGUUUGUUGUUUGCCACUUAUUAGGCCUAACAUUCUGUAAAAUGGUUGUGUUUCUUUGGGGCUAAAACAAACGAUUAUAUGUUCAAAUUAAAAAGGAAAUCAAGCUCAACAAAUAUAUAUAUAUAUAUAUAUGAAAAUAAAGACCCAACACUAUAUAAACAUCAAUACGUGCCCAUAAAUUGUGUUUAUUAAUUAUUUCAAUACUAGGAAAAAUACACUAAGUCAUUGGUUCUCAAUCUUGGUCAUAGAAUACCACUAAUCUGCUUGCUUUUUCCCCAAUAUGCAUACCCUUUAAUCAUAAGGUAUUUUCAGUCCUCUAAAAAAGAAAGUCUUGCUCCUAUAACUGUGGCUAACGUAGGAAGGCUCUUGGGCUGUAGCUUUCUGGACACCAGAAGUGACGCAGAUUAUGCAGUGGACAGCAAUGAACAACUGUGUCUACACAAGCAGAAGGGCAUUAGUGUAAUCCAUCAUCCAACAUAAACCCUUCAGCAUCCAAUCGACACUCAACAAAUUUGAGGUUUAUCACGCUCAAAAUAGAGCCGCCUUGUCCAAAGCAGCUCUCACCAUGUAAGGAGAGAUGGAAAUUAAAUCUGAUGUUGUUUUUUGGUGAAAUUCCCCUGCAUUUAUUUUGUCCCGGUACAUAAUGCUAUGUAUACAGUACAUGUGACUAGUGGUAAAUGACCGUUUCUAUGUAACAUCCAGAUAUUGUGAUGGGCCUUGUCUUCUUUAGGCUGUCAAAGUAACUUUCAACCUACAGCAACCCAAGUAACCAGUGGUUCUCUAGGCACUCUGGUUUUGGACGCUUCCUUAUCCUCCACAUUUUAAGCCCAAGGCUGUAUUGGGCUAUUGGAUCUCCAACCUUAUUCCUAGAAAGCUAACUAACCACAGAUUUCAGCUCCAACCACUAAUCUAUCAAUCAUUCAAUCAAGAAAUUAAUCAAUCUUACCUUAUCCGUAUAAUUAUUACUGCCUGCAGAAGUACUAUUUGUUCAGUUUAAUGGGGUGUGUUAGAUUUAGAAUAAAGGUUAAACCUGCAGGACACUAGUUCUCCAGGAGCAGAGUGGGUGAAUCCAUGAUGUAGGAUCUGCUGAUUCUCAUUCGUGAUUCUCAAAUCCUAACAUUAGAGAAAACACCACAACAUGACUUAUAACAAGACAAUACAUUUUUCAUUGUAUGGUAUAAAGGAUAUUCUUAUUAUUGUUUUGGCCAAACACCUAUUACUUUGGCCGAUACUGCUAUAUAGUCCACUAAAUCAUUUUGGUUGCCAAAUAUGCAGUAUACAGCUAUGAAAAAAAAAUAAGAGACCACUUAAAAAUGAUGAGUUUUGGGUGCCGAGUGGUCCAUAAUCAAGAGAAGGAUGGAUGAUCACAAGCCAACAAACCUAGCUGCACUGCUUGAGUUUUUGUACCAGGAGUGCAGGCAUAAAGUUAUCCAAAAGCAGUGUGUAAGACUGGUGGAGGAGAACAUGCCAAGAUGCAUGAAAACUGUGAUUAAAUAACAGGGUUAUUCCACCAAAUAUUGAUUUUGACAAUAGUUUUAUUUGGAAUUUGGGAGAAAUGUUGUCCUUAGUUUAUAUACCUAUAAAUAGCAAAAUCAAAUACUGAUUCUUUUUUUUUCAUAUAUAUAUAUUUCCUCUAUGAUGGGGAGCUGAAAUUUGCUUUUAUUUUAUUUUAUUCCUCUGUUCCACCUUAAAUGCUGCAGCUUCUUCCAACUAUUGCACCAUUUAAGCUGGAAUGUAAAAGUUAGAUAGCUACUGAGACAAACUACUAUAUGCCUGUAAAAACAUUGAAACUACACAUUAAAUCAUGGGUUUCUUUGGUUGCUUGUGUCUCCAUCUUGCCAGUGAUUCUCACAACCCUCUUUUUGGAGUGUAAAUAAAAAUGUCAAUUUGAAAGGUCAAAAACAGAAAGGUAAGGCUAAAUGAUUGGAUUAUGUGGUAACAGUGCCUAAAACAGUCAUUGUGGACUCUUGAAGGCAAGGCUAGAACUAUGCUGGAACUGGAACAUUACCAUUUAGUCAUUGUUAGCCAUAUUAUCCACUUCUGAUCUUUCUAUCUCUUCAAUUUAUCCCACUUUAACUUAACUUUAACCCAGUUUUUUUUUUUUUUACGUUUCUAGAAUGUUUUUGUACUGUCUGCUUGAAGUCUCUCGCUCUUUCUGUGCUUGGCUGGAUGUGUGCUCUUCCUGCAUUGAGAUAGUCUUUGAUUCGUACCAAUAAACAGGGGUUCUGUGUGCUGA